AUGACUGAGGCCGAACCACCUAUAAAUCCUGUGUCAAAUGGAAACGAAUUUACUUCAACAGACAUAGAAAGGUUAUAUUCUAGAAUUCAAGCUGUUAUUCAAACUCCAAAACCUUCGAUAUCUCCACGUCAAGUAACUCCUUACGAUAACAUGAGUCCCGCGCGAAGUCAAUCUCCGGAACAAUUUAACGACGAAACUGAAGAAAAAAUCGAACCACAACUUCCAGAAGUAUCUGACGUCAUUCUUGUCGAAUCUACAAAUCAAAAGGUGAAUGAAUGUGAUGACACAGAAGAGGACAUGGCUUCUUUAAAUGAUAAAUAUGUAGAUGAAAUUGAAAAAGUCGCAGAAUUACAACAUUCCAAAGACAUGGUAGAGAAUGAGUUAGAAGAUUUAACUCAAAAACUUUUUGAAAGGGCCAACGAAUUAGUAGCAACUGAAGCAAAACAGCGGCAUGAACUACAACUCCAACAUAAUAUUUUGAAGAAACAAUUGGAAGAGACACAAGGACGUCUAGCAGCUGAAAGUUCUCAGCUAAUGGAAUUAAGAGAAAAGAUGGAGCAAAUGGUCCAACAACAGUCACAAAUGACAGAAAGCGAAAGAUUGAGCUUCAGUGAUCCUUCAUUUAGAGCUAGCAUUGAUUUUGCUGAACUUUUUGGGCUUCGUGAAAAAUCACCUGAAGCAGCAGCAACCUUACCCGGCCCAACAGGAGUAGAUGGUAUCGGAAUUGACGCUGAUCUAAUAGCGGAGUUUAAAGCUUUUGUUGAACAAAGUUCAACCGUACGACUUCAAAAAAUUCAUACUAUCCCUUUCAUGCGUCAUUGCUUGGAAGAAGAUGUUACACCUUGCAUGAGAUUCGGUAAUAAUCCACGUGUAUUUUCAAGUAAAAUAGUUGAAGCUAUCGUUGCCAACACAUGCUUCAUAGAGGAAGCACCUCCAGGUGCUGACCGAGAGCAAGCUCUUAACCCAAAUUCUCCUAUCCGCGCCAGCGCGGCAAGACCAAUGUUAUGGGAUCGUGCAUUUGGAAAUUCUUCUGCAACAAGAAUUGGUUGCCAAUGUUGCGGUCGAACGGGUCCUUUAGCUUUUAGAUACAGAAUAACUAAUUUGGAUGAUUGGUCACUUAUUGAUCGUUAUUGUCGUGAUCGUAUGGUUGCUGUAUGCGAAUUUUACGUCUUUAUACGUAAUGUUCGUCAAGGCUUAUAUAAUAAUCGUUCUAUUUCGGACCUUUAUGCUGAAUGCUUAAGGUUAAGAUUGCAAAUGUUUUAUGCGAGACUUGGUGCUUUGCCAUCAAUGCUCAGCUCACUUGGAAUAAAGGGCACAGAGUUUGCAUCUGCAAAGAAACCAACGUAUAUACUACCAGAAAUGGAAGAAAGUCCAGUGUUGGUUAUUAGUGAUGAUGCUUCUGGAACUUUAUAUAACGACCAGAAAGAUUUUGUAUCG